AUGGCGGGGGAGGAGUUUGAUUGUCGGAGGUCCGUUGUGGGCCCGCCGACGCUUUCCGCAGCCGCUACGGCCCUCAUCGCACUCAGCACAGCAGCCAUGGGGGGAUUACAAAAUUUUGCGCAACCGCCACGAGAGCCGAUACCGGGACGCGUGAGGAAGAGCAGUGCCAAGGUGGAUAUGGUGCUGUCAGAAGAAAAGAAGAAUGGGGGCUGGCCGCGCAUGGAGAGCGAGGACGGCAUGGCUACGUUCGGCUCUGGGCAAGCCAUGGAGAGAGUGCAUCUCGCCGACUGUGGGCAAAAGCAAGAGCAGGAGCAAGAGCAAGAGCAAGACGAAGACGGUGCGGCUGAGGGGUCCGUCCGACGAGACUGGGCAUACGUCGGCACGGCUGCCUCUGUCCUCAGGCUUCCAACGCCCGGCGUCGACGAGGACGGUACACAGCAGGCAUUGCAGACGCAAUCGGCACUACUCUACAAAACACCGCAAUCGCAGUCGUCAUUUCCAGAAGCAGCCGUUGUCUAG